UACAUGGGCACAGAUUGAUUACUACAUGGGCGUUCAUUUGGCGAGGACAUGUAUUGGUGCGAACGGGAUGUUCAGCCACGGCGUUUGUUGUUUGUCUCUUCUUUGUAUGCAUGCGAUACCCAACUCAACAUGCACCAGCAUAUCAUGUCACAGUCCAGGAUGGACUUUCGUGCUCUCUACCACGAUGUAGUCUAGAAUAUCAUCAUUCCACACUUGAUUACCUCACUCUACUUGUGACCAGGUGCUAUUCAUGUAUGAUGAUGACAGUCGACCAUGCAAGAGGCAGACCCUGGAUCGAGGGUGGUGGGUCUCGGAGACGAUGCGGGGAGUGGGCUGCGUGGUGGCGCGGCUGUCACUAAGCUGGAACAAGGCUUGGCCAAACGUCGCGUCCCCGUCAGCCGCAACAACCUCACCUUUUCUCCCACGCCGGCC